GUUUAAGCGAAUCGUCCGCCUUCAAUUUGGAUUUGCUCGUGAAUUCUUCAGCUCGCUUUCACAGUGUUUCUCGUUUCAGGCAGUUUAACGGUUAAUUCAGCUUCACUCAUGCUUUGUUUGCUCCAUGUCGAUCGACGGCAAGAGUUGAAAUUUCAAAUUGUCCCAAAUUGUUAUUUCGCACUUCUGCACUUUUUCAGUUAAUCCAGUUAAUCGCUCAUCAUCAAAUACCUCAUCCUGACCUUCGAAACGUCCAAGAAUCGUAAAAAUCCGAUGCCGGCCGGAAAGGAACAGGGCAAGCGCGAUAAUUAUAAGAAGCCUCCGAACAAGGGAUUUUCAACUGCUUCAUGGGAGGAUCGUUUAUCGCACAGUGAAGAGGAUGACGAUGGCGAUAUCACCGAUCCGGAAUUGAUUGCUGAAAAGGAGUAUGCUUUGGAACAUGGUUCGGAAUUCGACAUGAAUUUUGUUGGCGGGGGGGAUGUUGCAAUGGCGAUUGGCGGUGGGGCAGAACAUAGAUCUGUCGAUAAGACGAAGAAAGAUGCGCUGAUUUCUGCCAAAAUUAAGCAGGCAAAAGCGGAUCGCAAAGCGCGUGGAAGAGGCGUUUCUGGAAGCAUGUGUAAAAAGGAUAAGGAUAUUUCGUAUGGCGGUUUCCAUACGCUCAUGGAUAUGGACGUGUACUAUGGGUUGGAUAAUGAAUACGGCACUUAUAUGUCAGAUACCGAGGAGCCUUUCGAUGACGACGACGGCUAUGAGGGCGCGGCUGGCCAAAAAAAGGAGGAGGUAGACCAUUCGGAAGUUAAUCUCAUCGAUGAGGGCGUAAACCAACUAUCUUUGAAUGAUGCCGAUGAGAAGGAGGAUGAUGAUCGUCCAGGACCGAGUCGAUCGUCCCAUGGAACAGGCGAUGAUGGAAAACCGAAGCGCCUCUACCGCAUGUAAAUCUGUUGGUACUGAAGCCACAGAUGCCUAUAAUUGGUUAUUAACACUACUCGUUUUCUUUUGUUGUUUUUGUCGGGUCUUAACUGUGCUAAUUUUAUAUCUGUGCUUUAAUAGAUCUGUGUAUAUUUGGUUUCAGUGAUGUUUUCAGGAGUAUUUGUCAUUGUUAUUGAGUUGAAUUCAUUCCAGUUACAUAUAAAUUGCGUUUUAAC